CCUCUAGUCAUUCACAAAUACAACUAACGACACUUGUACCACGCACUAGUCAUUCUUCAUUGUCUUUCAAAUCGUAUGUAGAUACAGUGUGAAAGAGCGGGCACGUGCAUUGACUCUGUCAUCCUAUGUUCAACUAGCCUGAAAGAUGUCGUCCGUCUAUGGAACUUCCAUACAACUAUAACCGUUGACUGCUCCAUGACCUGCACCUCCCACCCCUUCCCUUCUUUCUGAACUCCCUCUGAAAUGCCUUCUUUCUGGAAAGCAUUCUCGCAUACCUCUUCCCAUUCUCACUCCGCCCGGACCAACUCAUCACCGGCUUCUAGUUCAAGCCCGGCGUAUGAAUCUCCCCGCGGCGGCAGCGAUAGGCAUCUUUUCGGCGGCGGCGGAGGUCAGCGGCUGACCCGGCAGCCGAGGUUGAGGCAUGCGACGGAGGACGAGCUCGGGUUACGCCUCGGGCUUAUUGAUGGGCAGUCAAAGUCAAAGUCUUUGCCGGUCUCCCCGGAGUCCAAUUCACGGUUGCGGCGUCAUGCCGGCCACUGGUCUGAAUCCGCCUUGCCGCAGCCACUUCCCCUGCCCAAACAGAAUUCUGAGGGUGAAAGUUUACUGACCAAAGGCCAAGGACAUACUUCAAGCUCUGCAGCCACAAGUAAUCCCUCAAGGGAUGGUAAUGGAAAGGCAGUAAAUUCAACAAGGAGAGCAACAACUCAAACUUACAGACGGAGAGGUUUCUAUGAUGAUCAUACAAACACGAACAAGGACAGACUAGACUCCUUCAGACUUGAGGUCCCAGCAAGGAGUGCUCCGGGCAGUGGGUUUACCAGUCCUGUCCUCAGCCCGAAAAAGUUUAGCACAGUUGACAUCUUUAACCCUGCAUUUCUGCAUAGUAAAUCUCACCUGGAGAAUAACCUCAAUGUCCAUCCAUUGCCCCUUCCACCCGGAGUGUUGAGGCUAUCACCGUCAUGUCCCACUCAUAACAAUACAGAAAAAUCAGCACAGUCAUGUCCCACUCAUAACAAUGCAGAAAAAUCAGAUACACCGCUGCCAACGAAAGGUCUAUGGCAAAAAAGGAAAUUAUUAGGACGUGGCACUUAUGGAACUGUUUAUGUUGCAUCUAAUUGUGAAACUGGUGCAUUAUGUGCAAUGAAAGAAGUCGAAUAUGCCCUUGAUGACCCAAAAGCCUUAGAAUGCAUACAGCAGCUGGAACAGGAAAUACAAGUGCUUAGACAGCUGAAACAUCCCAAUAUUGUGCAGUAUUAUGGCAGUGAAAUUGUUGAUGAUCGGUUUUGCAUAUAUUUGGAGUACAUUAAUCCUGGAUCACUUAAUAAAUAUCUUAGAGAUUAUGGAGGAGCUUUGCCAGAGUCUGUUGUUAGGAAUUUUACUCGUCAUAUUGUUUCUGGAAUGGCUUACUUGCACAGCACCAAGACAAUUCACAGGGACAUAAAAGGGGCUAAUUUGCUUGUAGAUGCAUCUGGUGUUGUCAAGCUUGCUGACUUUGGAUUGGCAAAACAUCUUUCGGGAAAGAAUAUUGAUCUUUCAUUGAAAGGAAGUCCGCAUUGGAUGGCCCCUGAGGUGAUGCAGGCGGUGUUAAGGAAGGAUGAUAAUCCAUAUCUUGCACUUGCUGUCGAUAUAUGGAGCUUGGGCUGUACGGUCAUUGAGAUGUUCACGGGGCAACCUCCCUGGAGUGAUCUUAGUUGGGUACAAGCGAUGUUCAGUGUAUUGAACAAAUCGCCACCUAUACCAGAAACACUAUCUUCAGAAGGAAAGCAUUUCAUUGGAUGCUGCUUGCAAAGGAAUCCAGCAGAUAGGCCAUCUGCAGCUAUGCUACUUGAUCAUCCUUUCUUACAUCUCUCCCCUGCCUCUCCAUUCCAACAUGAUACACAACAAGACCUGAUGAAACAUCAACAACUUGAUCAGCUAAAUGCAACUCCGUCCAUUAUGCAUCUGAAACUGUUGCGUAGCAGCCACGGUGACAUAGCAGGUACACACCCACCUAAUUCUGAAGCUAAUGGUGCUGUUGGGGGAUCUCGUCAUCAUUCACCACGCUCAACGCUCGAGCAGCACUCCAUGUUCACAGGGAGCUGAAAAUACAAGGUCUUGGUUGAGCAAUGACUAUGGGAAAUGAAAUCCGCAACUCAUGUAUUUGUGUAUAAUAUUAUAGGUUAUAUAAGUUUUUUUUUUGGAAAAAUCAUAGGUUAUACGAAGUGUCAAGAAUGUUCAGGUCCGAACGUUCGGACAGGAGCCUCCGUCCGAACACCGCCUUUUAGGGAGGUUCCCGGUGGAAUUUUUUGAUGAAAUAUUUUGAGCAUGUUCCUCAUCAAGUCUAGUUUGUCCAUACCAAAUUUCAGCUCAAAAUUCGAUCGGGAAGGCAUUCAAAUAAUUUUUUGAAGUUGACUGCAUUUUUAUAUGUAUAUUCAGACGCAGUCAACUUCAAAAAAUGAUUUGAAUGCCUUCCCGAUUGAAUUUUGAGCUGAAAUAUGGUAUGGACAAACUAGACUUGAUCAGGAACAUGCUCAAAAAACUUCAUCAAAAAAUUCCACCGGGAAGUGCCCCAAAUGGCCAUGUUCGGAUGGCGUUCGGACCAGGGGCUGCUGGACAGGAUCAUUCCUCUACGAAGUGUGGAGUAUAAGUUAAGCAGAAGCUUAUGUACCUCAAGUGAUGCAUCGACUUCUAUUUAACAAAGUCUCCAUCUAUUGUUGUCAUCAAGUAUUCUUGGUAGGACAAAAAUAUUUGAUACUCAUUAUCUCAAUUUGUUUCAAACUGAAUUCAUUAGAAAACAAAUGGAAACUGAAUCCUGAUUGAAAUGUUUACCCCUAAUUGGCAAAUGGCAAUUGAAUAUUUA